AUGACCGAUCAAAUAAGUGGCUGGCUCUCAAACACUCUACAAGCAGAGGGUUUCGCAGAAUACGAAAUAAGAAGAACGGGAAACACAGGAAAAUCUGAUGGAUACCUGGGCCUUAUAUUCUUCGUGACAGUGAAUGGAGUAACAAAAGAUAAACAACCAAAACGUCUUGACUUGGUGCUGAAGGUGUCCAAGGAUAAUGCUUACCUCAAAGAAAACACUACAGUCGUCAGUGCUUUCCUACAAGAAAUGCUCAUCUACGAGAAAGUGCUGCCCACUUUUGAUGCAUUCCAAAAAGAAAAAGGCGUUGUGGACAUCUUCAAAUCCUAUCCAAAAUGCUAUAAGUGCUUGCACCUACAUCGAAAAGAAGUAAUCGUGUUACAGAACUUAAAAAGUUUAGGAUUCGAGUUACACGAUCGUAAGAAAACUAUGAACUUCAGACAUGCCAGGGCAGUACUAAGAGAAUACGGUAAGCUCCAUGCCAUAUCGUUCGCUCUAAAAGAUCAACGAGAGGAAAUAUUCAAUGCGUUAGCUGGAGGAUGUAAAGACCUCUUCAUGCAGUUCUUGAGUGAAGAAAAGUCUAGAGAUGCCUUCAACGGGGAAUUCAAAAAGGUGCUGGACCUUUUGAAGGAGUUUGGUGAACAUGAGUUGUACGAUAAGUUCAAACGCUAUGAAACCUGUGCAGUAAAGACGUUCAUGGAUGUUUGUGAAGCUAACGAGCCACAAUCUAGUUUUGCGCACGGUGACUGUUGGAAUAAUAAUUUUAUGUUCAAAUAUAAGGUGGUGGAAGAAACCUAUUGUUUAGUAAUCUAAAUAGGCCACUUCUUGGACGACAGCAUUCUGUAUUUCUACAUUUUACAAUUUGAAGCAAGUAUUGGCUCUCACGCACAUGUUCUGAAUACCAUUUAAUGUCUGGAAAAUCAGGAAGAUCUUAUUCACCUGCCCCAACAUAUUUUGCAUUAACAUUAUAGCCAUCAAUUUCCAUUGAACUCCAUACUUCAGCUAAUACAUUUCCUGCAAAUUCGAAAUUAGAUCUUUCUAAAUGUUCAUCAAUUGUAACGCCACGUUCAUCCAAAUGCGAUCCAAAAUGGUCAUGAGGCAAUAUUAAACCAGCCAGUUCCCGACUAAAAGGAGCCAUUCUGCGCUCUACUCUGUUAUACGCACUUCUUCCAGGAGCAUUGGUAGCUAAAAACAAUGCAUCGAGAUCAUGUCACUUAAAGUGUUGUAUAGCAAACCGUAUGACUUUUUGAUAACCUGGAUUUUCAUCUGGCCCUCCAUCAAGCGUCAUGAUUACCACUGGUUUUACUAGUCCAUGGUCAGUUUUAGCUAAUGGUC